AGCAUAAUCGUCUAGAUUUGCCCGUGGUAAUGCAUGGUAUGCUGCCAACCAUUGUUGCAAACAAAAAUGAUAAACGAUGUGACAUCAUAGGAACUAAAACAAAAGCACAACAUAGCGGAAAAAAGUGCACCAUCGCAUCACACUCCAGUUCGCCCAUCCCCCAACAACAGCAACGGCUCGCGUUCCUCCAUGAGCGCCACCAGAAAUUAUAAAUAUGAUUGUUUUAACGUGGCGUCAACGCUUUAUUUCGCACCAUUCGAUCAUCGGACGUGUCCCCAUAAACAAGUUAAACCUCUUCGCGAUCGGACUCCCCAGUCAUCUGCUGCCGGCCUGCCCCACAGAUUGACGUGGAAACAUGAAACCGUGCCGGAUUUAAUAUCGUUAUAAGUGACCAUCAACCUAACAGGGUCCUCGUCCGUCUCUCAGCCGGACCCUACCACCUACCGUGCUAGCCGGGUGCUGAACGAGCGUGUGCUUUUUUUCUUCCUCGAGAAGAAGGAAAAACUGUCGAAAAAUGUUACUGCUGGAUGUGCUGGUGCCGAUAGCAAUUUGGUCAAGUGGUGCUGCCGCCUGGAGUGAAGUUAGAAAAUCGAGAGCACUUACGAAUCUGGCCAGCGGCAGCAGGGACCGAAGAUUUCUUCCGAUCUUUACAGUUUUCCAGUGGGGUCAAGGAUUGUGCUCGGCUUCAUCCGGAGAAUACGGCUCCUGUCAACCCAAUAAUGAAUGCGUGCUAAGAGGAGGAAUACCUGCUGGUCCGUGUGCUGGUGGAUACGGAACGUGCUGUAUUUUUAUGGCUUCCUGCGGCGGUGUUGCUCGAGAGAACGGCACAUAUUUUGUGAACCCAAACCACCCGGAUACCACCGAUGGAACCGGAAGCUGCCAGCUAACAGUGCUUAAGAUGCACCCGGACAUCUGCCAGAUCCGGCUGGAUUUCGACCAGUUUUCAAUUAAUGGACCGGAAAUCGUCAACCAUAUUUGCAACAACGAUCAGUUUCUGGUUUCGGGAGGCAGCCCUGCCCCGACCAUUUGCGGAAACUCAAACGGAGAUCAUAUGUACAUCGACGCGGGAAUGGGCCAAAGCAACCCGAUUAUACUCACCGUGAUCACCAGUGGGCCCAGUUUUCCCCGAUCGUGGAGGGUGCGCAUCUCACAGAUACCAUGUGGAGCGAUCUCCAAAGCCGAGCAAGGAUGUCUUCAAUACUUCACCGGGGUCAGCGGAAGAGUCAAAAGCUUUAACUUCGACACAAUCAGUGGUCGACAGCUCUCGAACCAGGACUACAGCAUCUGCAUUCGAACGGAGCGAAAUUUCUGCAGCAUCCACUACACGGCAUGCCCGGAUAUUGGAAGGAACCGAUCGCGCACCUUCACCCUAUCUGGCAAUUCGAACAGCGUUGUUUCGUCGAUGGUGGGUGGCGGUACGCAAGGAACCCCAAACUCUUGCACCAAUGACUGGUUGAUGAUUCCUUGUGCGAAAGUGGCCGAUAGACUGCCGAUGGCCAGUACCUGUGAGGACAAAAUAUGCGGUGGAACGUUCAAUGCGGAGGUAAGCUCCGUUGAGAGAACGGUGGUCUCCACGGUGAGGCCAUUUCGAUUGGCGUUUCAUGCCGAUUCGAUUGAAGCCCCGAUCGAUGUGGACAAUAGGGGGUUCUGUUUAGAUUACGUUCAACAACCUUGUACUAGUAACUGA